AUGGAAGCAAUGUUGGUUCUGUUUUUUCUUUCUCCAAUCGCAACGUUUUCGGAGAAUAAUAAAAGAUUAAAACGCAGAUCGACCGAAGAUUUCGAGAGCCUUCCUUACGUUUGCACAUUGUUGAACUCGAGUUUAUGGACUUACUAUGGGAUCACUAAGCCUGGAGGAAUCCUCGUCGCCACAUUUAACGGCUUUGGCAUCUUUGUCGAAGCUGUUUAUGUGGUUUUGUUCCUCGUUUAUGUUCCGAAAAACAUGAAGGUUAAGACAGGGAUAUUGGUAGGGAUAGUGGAUGUGGGUUUUCUAACAGCCGCCAUUGUUGUGACUCAGUUAGCAUUGGAAGGGGAAACUCGGAUUGGAGCAAUAGGGUUCAUGGGUUGUGGUCUUAAGAUCAUCAUAAAUGGCUCACCUUUUGCUGUCAUGGUACCAAAUGGGAUAGGUUUCCUACUUGGAACAGCACAGCUUUUUCUGUAUGCCAUUUACAAAAAUGCAAAGUCAUCAAGCAACAAUUCCGCUAUAGAAGGAUUAAUGGAACAAGGGUGGCAAAAGCAGCCCCUUAUACUCCCCUUGCACUAG